ACUGAACCAUUACUUGGCUACUAGCCAGACUUGCCACAUUUCGCGCCGUACCCCAGUAUAAUCCUCUGCCAUGUCUCCUCUAAACAGCAUCCUCCGCCCUCUCGUCAUAUCUGGGCCAUCUGGAGUGGGCAAGAGUACCCUCCUCCAACGCCUGUUUGCCGAAUUCCCAGACAAAUUCGGGUACAGCGUAUCCCACACCACGCGUGCGCCGCGGCCAGGAGAGACAGACGGCAAGCAAUAUCACUUCGUGACACGCGACAAGUUCAAGCAGCUGCUCGACGAAAGCGCGUUCAUCGAGCAUGCCGAGUUUUCUGGCAACUACUACGGGACGAGCUUCAUGACGGUGCGGGAGGUUUCCCAGUCUGGACGGCGGUGCAUAUUGGACAUCGAGGCGCAGGGCGUCCGCCAAGUCAAGAACACGGAUCUCAACCCCGUCUAUCUAUUCAUUUCGCCCCCGUCCUUAACUGCACUGCGCAGCCGUCUGCGACAGCGGGGCACGGAGUCAGAGGCAGCCGUUGCAAAGCGUCUCGCUACCGCUCUCAAGGAGAUCGAGUACGCGAAAGAAGGCGCUCAUGACGUUGUCAUCGUAAAUGACGACCUCGACCGUGCAUAUGGCUUGUUGAAACGCGUUGCAUUGGGGGAGGAGAUCACCAGCGAUCCACUACCUCCCUUGGACGACUGAAACAGCGAGAUGGGCGGGACAGUAGGCAUUCCAGGCGCGUUACAUACGUAUACCAAAAAAUACAUUCAAUGGAUUAAGUCUGCGGGUACAGAUAGUAUUGUCGUCUCAUUGGUCUAGAGCAGCGGAAUAACUUACUAGUGCAAUGUGUAUAGUCUUCUCAAUGGCAGAUACUAGAAC